AUGUUGGGCAGCCAAGACUUUUUGAUAUCAGAGGACAUAAAGACUACGUUGUCUGAUGAUUAUUUGAAACCUGAUAGUGUCCUUCAAGCAGAAACCUGGGGGUUGAACACAAGUGACAAGAUUGAAAAGAUUGAACAGGGUGUUAUAAGUGCAGCUGGCAAGGAAUUUAUGGAAAGUGAUCUCACCAAUGUCGUCUUACCUGUCAUCUACAUCAUCGUCAUUAUCGUGGGACUUCCCACCAAUGUCAUGGCCAUCUGGGUCUUCCUGUUUAGGACCAAGAAAAAGCAUCCAGCGUCCAUCCUAAUGGCCAGCCUGGCCCUGGCUGACCUUCUCUUCGUUAUUUGGCUCCCACUGAAGAUCGCCUACCACUUUAAUGGCAAUAACUGGAUCUUUGGAGAGACACUGUGUAAGGUCCUGGUGGGUUCUUUCUACAGUAAUAUGUACUCGUCCACUAUAUUUAUAGCAAUCAUCAGUGUGCACCGCUACUGGGCAGUUGUGCACCCACUUUCUAAUAAACUGAACAGCCGGGUAGCAGGGUGUGUAUCUGUGUUGGUAUGGGUUAUGGUCUGGCUCCUCAGUAUACCCCUAUACCUGUAUGACCAGACAAUUCCAAUCAUUAAUCUCAACAUCACCACCUGCCAUGAUCUUGUUUACGAAACUCAAUUACACAUCCCUGUUGCAUACUUUCUGACUAUGGGCAUUGUGGGAUUUGUAGUUCCCUGUAUUGUGUGUGUGGUGGCGUAUGUGCUGAUGUUUCGUCAUCUCAGGAAUUCCACUAUAGAUACAAACAGCAAGGAAAACAAAAAGAAAGCGAUCAGGCUCAUGAUUGUAGUAUUGGUCUUGUUUUUGGUGAGUUUCACUCCCAGUAACGUCUUACUGAUGGUGCAUUACUCUAAGCUAAGUUUAGGGUUAAAAGAUGAUGCCUAUGACGUAUACAUUGUUGCACUGUGCCUGUCCAGCCUCAACAGCUGUAUCGACCCAUUUGUGUAUUAUUUUAUCUCCAAGGAGUUUAGAGAUCAUGUAAAGAACAUGUUAAUGUGUCGCAGUGAACGAAAAGCCAAGAGAAUGAAGAUUUCCACAACUGACACAAAAAGCAGUAGCUGGUAA